AGAAAAUCGAAUAAAAAAGAACGGCACAAGAGCUACACACCCGCCGGUGACGCUGCUUCAGCUGCUGCUGCCGGCUGUUCUGUAGUGCGCAUGUGUGUAUUUAGUGCGACCACAGCGACUACAAGAGCAACAACAACAGCAACUACACGAAGCUGCAUUUAAAGUAAAAGUGAAAAGCUCAUGCAGUAACGGUACAAAUCUAAUUUGUUAUUGCUAGCACAAAAAGUUCUAUGCAGCUUGUAGACUCUGCAGCAGCGGCAACAAAAAGUGCAGUAAAAGCAAAAAAAAAAAAAAGGGCAAGUGUUUUGCGAGUGUUGCCGACUUCAAGUUAUAAAGCACAAGUGUUGUCGACUUUCAGUUACAAAUACUUACAUAUUAGCAUAUGUAAGGAAAGUUGUGGCUCACAACCUGCCAGUGUCUCCCUGCUUGCAUUUAAAGAGGCACAAAAAUGUGUUACACAUGUGGAUGCUUGUCCUCUGUGGUUUUUGUUGUCUGUUUGCUGUUGGCAGCUGCAGUAGCCAAUAUUCAUCAGCUGCAGACGCAUUACAGUCACAACCAUCAGCAUAACAGGAACGCUAAGAACAACAACAACAACAAUAAAUAUGAUCAGCAAGGGGAGCUGCAGCAGCUGCGGAGCAACGAAAAAAGCGUCUCUGAGGAUACAAUAUACAAUUACCUCAUGCAGUUUGAUUAUCUGCCCAAGUCGGAUCUGGAAACGGGAGCCCUGCGCACCGAGGAGCAGCUGAUAGAUGCACUAAGUAAACUCCAGCAAUUUGGCAACAUUCCAGUUACGGGCAAAAUCGACGCGGCUACGGCCAGGCUAAUACAAUUGCCCCGCUGCGGCGUGGGCGACAAUGAGCAUGCGUAUAAUUUCUCACCCGAUAAUCUGGAUCAUGGCCCGCGUAAGCGUCGAUAUGUUCUGCAGGGCGCCAAGUGGGAUAAGACGGAUCUAACAUGGAGUUUGGUGAAUCAAUCGAUGCCGGACGCGGACAAAAUUCGAACGAUGGUUUCUCGGGCGCUGCGCGUAUGGGAGUCCAAUUCGAAGCUGACAUUCCGUGAAGUGUACAGCGAUCAGGCGGAUAUACAGGUUCUCUUUGCACGGCGCGAUCAUGGCGAUGGCUACAAGUUCGAUGGACCCGGCCAGGUGCUGGCGCACGCCUUCUAUCCAGGCGUCGGGCGCGGCGGCGAUGCGCACUUCGAUGCCGAGGAGACCUGGGAGUUCGACGCCAGCAGUGAUGACAGUCGUGGCACCAACUUUCUGAAUGUGGCGCUGCAUGAACUGGGCCACUCGCUGGGGCUGGGCCACUCCUCGGACUCGAAUGCGGUCAUGUUCCCCUGGUAUCAGAACAAUGAGGUCGAUGGAAAAUUGCCCGACGAUGAUCGCAUUGGUAUACAGGAGCUCUAUGGGGCCAAGCAGAAGGUCUGGGGUGCGUAUCGGCCGGGAACCACGACGAGCACCACAACAACCACGACGACAAUGCGUUCGCUCACCUAUUAUCCGCAGCAGCAACCGAACUAUCCCAAUCGUUAUCCAACCUAUUAUCCCAACUAUUAUCCGCGAUCCCCCUCCCGUGAUCGUGAGCGUGAGCGUGAACGUGAGCGUGAACGAGAGCGUGAACGAGCACGUGAGCGUGAGCGUGAGCGUGAACGAGAGCGGGAGCGUCAGCGAGAGGAAGAGCGUGUAUAUAAACGACAGCACGAGGAGCGAGAAAGAGAACGUCAGCGAUAUCUGGAACGAGAAAGGCAGCGGAAUCGUGAAUCCCAAACGAGAAUAUCAACCACAACGAGGGCACCAGUGACAACGAACACGACGACAAGAACAGCACCCACCUAUCCCACUCACAGGCCCUACAACUACCCCACAGUGCAUCGACACAAUAAGCCACAUAAGCCACGCAAGCCCAAACCGGACAACUGCAUGACCUCAUACGAUGCCAUCUCCAUGAUACGCCGAGAGUUGUUCAUCUUCAGAGGACAGUUCCUGUGGCGCAUUGGUGCCAAAGGCUUGUAUAACGGCUAUCCGACGGAAACGCGCCGCCAUUGGUCCGCACUGCCCGAGGACUUUAACAAAGUGGAUGCCGUCUAUGAGAAUCAACAGCGUCAAAUUGUGUUCUUUAUAGGCCGGCAGUAUUACGUCUUCGAUUCGGUCACCCUGGCGCCGGGCUAUCCACAGCCUUUAACCAACCUGGGUCUACCACCCUCUCUCAGCCAUGUAGAUGCCGCCUUCGUAUGGGGCCACAAUAAUAGGACGUAUUUGACGAGUGGAACGCUCUACUGGCGCAUUGACGACAGCACGGGCAAGGUGGAACUGGACUAUCCCCGUGACAUGUCCUUCUGGGCGGGCGUGGGCUACAAUAUAGAUGCGGCCUUCCAGUAUACGAAUGGAAAGACUUACUUCUUUAAGAACUUGGGCUACUGGGAGUUCAAUGACAAUCUCGUAAAAGUAGCCCACGCUCGCCCCAAGCUCUCCUCCCGCAAAUGGAUGCAGUGUGCGCGCAGCGCCAACGACGUGGACGAGGAGCAGCACUGGACGGCUCCCCUAGUAUCCGGCACCAACGACACCACGGACGGCAGCUCCGCCUCCAGUAGCAUAAGACAACGGGGGCAUAGUCUAGCUGUCGUUCUUCUGCUGGCAUUCACAUACUUGGCCUGGCGUUGUUAAGAUCGUCACAGCAUUGAUCUAUGAGAAGAUCGGCCUACUUGGCCUUAAUACAGCCACCUCGAGCAAUGGUCUAUGUAAAUACAUGCAUAACAUAGAUGGAACUUGCAUGCAGACGUGUAUGCCGUCUAAUGGAUCAAUGCUGUGACGAUCUUAACUGUCGCAUUUAGAUAGCUAUAUAUACAGUGAAUCAUAAGAAUAAAUAUACAGUGGAGUUCCGAUAACUGG